ACGUCGUUCGCCAACUGCGAUCAAUUCGUUCUCACUACCUCGCUCGAGGCCAAAAAUGAAAAAUUGUUGAAAAAUUUACUACACGAACAAGCAAAUGUCGGCACCAGAAACAAACGAUGCCGUCCAGGCUGAAAGUAGGGAAAUUACCUUGAAAAUCCAGCUUCCAAAAUGCUUAUCCGAGUCACAGGAAGUCUUGGAGGUUCCUUCUACUACUAGUGAAACUUUGGCCGAUCUUAAACAGGUGUUACUUCUCUUACCUGCUACCAAGAACUUGACCAACUACAGUGUGCUGUUACGUGGUGUCAAUAUCACCGAGCAGUUUGAUGAAAUCUCUCCAUACUCGGAGAUUCUCGAAACCUUGGGCUUGGAGGGUGAAGUGACGGAAUUACACUUGGUUAUCAAAGAAGUAGCCUACAACUUGGCUGGUGUUUUUGAACAAAUUACUAGAUUCAGAGAAGUGAUUGGUUUGCACUACAUUGACAAAAUCUCCCAAGAUUUUGGUGUUUCCAGUGGUGUCACCAAGUUCAAUGAUCUCGGCUUGACCGAUUUGAAGGUCCCAGAACCAAAAGAAGAACAGGAACCAAAAGAAGAAGAAGAACAGAAGGAAAACAGUGCCGAAUCUGAAGAAAAGGCGGAAGAAUCCAAAAUCUCCGAGGAGGACUUGCAAAAAAUCGUUGAAACCACCAAGACUAUUACUGAACAUGAUUCCUCCAUUUCCAAAUUUGCUGAGUUCAACAGCUUGCGUGACCAAUUAAAGAUUCCUGUUAAGUCUUUGACUGUUUCCCAAUGGUCUCCAGUCCCAGCAUUCCGUAAGACCAAGGGUGACUUAUUGUACUUGACAUUGCAAACCUUAGAAAGUGAGACCUUCAACAUCACUUGUUCGUACUCGGGAUUUUUUGUCAACCAAUCCUCUACCGCAAACUUUAAUGCUGACAUGAAGGUGAAUGAAAAGGGUAAGUUCUCCAAGAGCUAUUUGUUAUACAACUUGGUAGACUCUUUAUCUCCAUCGUUUUCUAAAACUAUCAAGGAAAAUGAAAUUACAUUGUCAACUUCAACUGAGCACCCUGAGACUUACUUGUUGCCAAACAAUUCAUUCUUAGCAUCCCCAUGGUUGGUAAAUGCUGACAAGGUUAAGAUCCACCCAGACUUAUCCAGAUUCCAAUUGCCUGUUUUAAACAACGGUGUCGAUGGCUCAGAAAUCAUAAAGGAAUGGAAUGAAGAUAUUCAAGCUAUCAGGGAAUUGCCAAACUCCAAUAUCCAAGAACGUAUCCUCAAGGAGAAGUUGAUCCACAAGACUUUAGCUGAUUUCACCAAGUUUGCCAGCGAAACCGCAAUCAACAUUAUUAAGGGUAACUUAACCCCAAUGAACCCAAAUGAAGAGCCAGAUAAGCAAAUUUACUUGAAGAAUGGUAUUUUCUACACCUCUGGUGCCACUACUGUUGACUUGUUUGACACAACCGGCGGUGCUGAGGCUUCUAGAUAUGCUUCAAGUAAGGAUUUGGCUUCCAUUAAGGUGUUGAACAGAGUUGAUGCCAGCGGUAUCUACAGCUUGGUUACCUGUAUCGUUGAUUUCAUGGGUAAGAGAGUUGUUUGUCAAGCUCCUGUACCAGGUAUUUUCAACCAAACUUCUGAAACUGAAGUUGAUGAAAAGGUUGUCUAUGGUUUAUCCAGUGACAACUCCUCCAUCUUGAGGGAUGAAUCAUUCACUGAGCCUUUGAAGCAAGUUGCCGAGACUUUCCAUUUGAAGCCCCACACCGUCGAAUUGAGCGAGGAGAUCAAAUCCGACGGAGAGCUCGUUGUUUCCAAGGAUACUAAGGGUGUUAGAGGUUCUGAUGGUCGUAAAUACAUUAUGGAUUUAUACAGAACCAGUCCUCGUGAUAUUGAAUUUAUUGAAGCACACUACGAUAGUGCUAAGGUAGACUCGUACCCACAUGGUGAGGCUCUUAUCAGACACGAAGCCGUCGCCGAAUACUGGAAGAGGGAAAUUUCUACCUACAUUAAGGAAGAGAAUGCCAAGCUUGAAAAGGAGGGUAAGUCUGAUGAAGAAAAGGCCCAGAUUGUUUUGCCAACCGACAAGGCUGUUUUCAACCCAGAUGCCUUCUCAGGUAUCAACGAGAAGAAGGAAGAUCAAGAUGAAGUUAGAGUUUUGUCGAAGUUUAUCAAGGACACUUUAAUCGAAGAAUUCUUGACUGAGUUCCCUUCGCAGGUGGCUCCUUUCGACGGAAAGCACUUGAGUGAAUCGUUACACAAGCAAGGUAUCAACUUGAGAUACUUGGGUUACCUUGCUGAACAAGCCUUGAUCAAGAGGGACCAAGUGGUGAAGGAAGAAGAAAAGACUAUCCAGCAAAACAUCGAGCUUGCUGAACAAAGACAGAAGGAAGCCGAUGAAGCAGCAAAGGUGGAGCAAGAGUCUAAGGACAAGGAAGAAUCUAAGGACGAUUCUAAUGAAGAAUCUAAGGACGAAUCCAAGGAAUCUUCUACAGAACCUGAACAAACUAAGGGAACCUUCCAACCAAUCAUUGCCAACUACACCACCCUUCACAGACUUGCUACUCAAGAAAUGAUUGCUAGAGCCGUCAAGCACUUGUUGCGUCAACUUUCCGUAGGUGUCCCCGAAUUCUUGUUCCCUUCCUUUGUUGCUCAUUUCCAUAACUGUUUGUUAGGAAGCAACAUCACCACCACUCCAGAAGUUGUCAUUGACGAAACUGUCAAGAGCUUCAUUGAUGAGAAUGCUUUGGAGUGGGUCAAGCUUACAAGCGAGGGUGUCUUUUUCUUGAUUGAGAAGGAAGUUUACUCAAGAUUCAGAUACACUUUACCAAAGGAAUGGAACCAGAAAUUGAUCCACCCUGUCCAGUUGAUGAGAGAAAUUGCCAUCAAGUUUGGUAUCCAAUGGAAAUCUCAAGAUUAUGUUUUCACUAAGGAAGAAUUCGAUCAAGUGAAGGACUCAUUGGCAGUUGAAACACAAGUCAUUGAGACCGCCAAGUCUAAGAAGAACAAGAAGAAAUCUGCAAGUGCCUCUGUCGCUACCACAAAGGUCACUCCUCGUUCUUCUACUUUCGUUGCUGAUGACAUUGUUAACUUCCUCCCUCUUGUCAAGGACUCCGGUUACAAGUCUUCUCUUAUUGACGAGAUCUUCCAGAGUGCCAGAGCUCACAUCUAUCAAGGAGACAAGGAAACCGGAGCUUCUUUGCUCAAUGAAUUGAUCAACAUCCAAGAACAAUUAUACGGUAUUGUCCAUCCAGAAACUGCUAAGUUGUUCUCAAUGAUCUCUCAAGUGUAUGCUGAUAUCGGUUUAGAGUACCAGGCCGCAGUUUUGGCUCGUAAGGCAAUUAUAUUGGCCGAAAGAACUACUGGGUUUGACUCUUAUGAUACCAUCUCUGCUUACAUGAACUCAGGAUUUUACGAGUCAUCGAACUUGGAACUCGUCAACUCUUUGAAGUUGUACAAGCAAGCUAUCAACGUUUGGUCAACUGUUUAUGGAAGAGACCAUCCUACUUUGGUUACUACAUUGACCAACUUAGCCGAGAGCUUGACUAGAGUCAAGUUAUACCCAUCUGCUGCUAAGUUGUUCGAGGAGGCCUUAGGCUUGUCUAUCAAGACCAACGGUCCCGUGUCUCAAUUGACUGGUAGUAUCUACUACAGUUUGGCAUUGUUGUUGUUGAAUUCUGGUAAGUUUAAGGAAUCCUUGAAUUUCUUCUCAAUUGCUCAAGACAUCUUUACCAAGGUUCUUGGACCAGACGACUUCUUAUCCAGACAAUCUUCUAAGUAUUCCGGAAGCAUCGCCAAGUAUCUUGAAUUCCUUGAAGCUCAAGAAAAGCAAAAGAAGCAACUUGCAAAGCAAGCUAAGAAGGCUCCAGUCCAAGCUCCAAAAGCCCCAGAAUCAAAGAAGAAGACGAAGAAUGGAAAGAAGUCUGCUAUUCCAGACCCAGAGAUCGCUUCUAAAUCUGUUGAGGAUAUUUUGAAAUUUAUUGAGGGAGACCAACCAAAGAAGGCCAAGAAGUCUAAGAAGUGAUGUAUAUAUUUACUUUUAUCUUGUAUAUACAAAUGAGCUAGUCAAGCUAGCGAAUGUCAUAAGAAAGUAAACAGCAGCACACAUGU